AUGGAUCUGCUCAACUCUUUGAUGAACUUUGUGGUUCCGCCGGCGAGCAUGGUGAUGCUGGCGUUUGCGUGGCCAACCCUCACCUUCCUGCAUGCUGUGGAGUGGUUCUUCCACAGCUUCUUUAAGGAGAACAUGGAGGACAAGGUUGUCGUCAUCACCGGUGCCUCAUCCGCCAUCGGCGAGCAAAUAGCCUAUGAGUACGCUAAGAAGAAGGCGAACUUGGUCUUGGUUGCGAGGAGAGAACAGAGACUGAGAGGGAUAAGGGAGAAUUGCAGGCUCUUGGGAGCGAAGCAUGUCCUCAUUAUGGCUGCUGAUGUUGUCAAAGAAGAGGAAUGCAGGAGAUUCAUCGGGGACACAGUAAGCUAUUUUGGCCGCCUGGAUCAUCUUGUCAACACUGCGAGCCUUGGACACAGCUUCUUCUUUGAGGAUGCUAUCGAUACUUCAGUGUUCCCACAUCUCAUGGAUAUCAAUUUUUGGGGCAAUGUAUAUCCUACGUAUGUUGCAUUGCCCUUCUUGAGGCAAAGCCAUGGGAGAAUAGUUGUUAACGCAUCUGUGGAGAGCUGGUUGCCUAUGCCGAGGAUGAGCCUUUAUGCUGCAGCAAAGGCAGCUGUGAUCAACUUCUAUGAGACACUGAGGUUUGAAGUGAAAGAUGAUGUCGGAAUCACAAUAGCAACUCACGGAUGGAUUGGUAGUGAGAUGAGCAGUGGGAGGUUUAUGCUUGAGGAGGGAGCAGAAAUGCAAUGGAGGGAAGAUAGAGAGGUACCCAUUGGAAGCAGCCAAGUUGAAGAAUACGCAAAGCUCCUAGUCUCGGGUGCAUGCAAAGGCAACGCAUACGUAAAGCACCCAAGCUGGUAUGAUAUAUUCCUCCUCUACCGCGUCCUCGUCCCCGACGUCCUCGGAUGGACGUUCCGCCUCCUCUUCACUGCGCAAGGCACAAGAAAGGGCUAUAUUUCUGGCACCACAAGGCCAUUGGCUCUCGAGCCGCCGCCGCCUCGUAAGGCUCUCCCUGCUCCUCAGGGUUUUGCGUCAGCGGCCUCUCCUCAGGGAUCUUUUGCUUCUGUCUCUCCUAGGAGGAUGGAGUAG